GUCACUGUGUUCUACUUUUUCGAAGCAUCUUUGCAAACAUGUCCGGAGAAGACGCACCUGUGCAGCAGCAGCAGCAGCAGCAGAAUGCAGUAGACCAGAAGCAGGACUCCAAGGCUACCGAGGAGCCCAAGACGGAGUCGGAGCCAGCGGCCGACGCGCCGUCGGCUGCAGCGGACGCAGCUCUCCCGGCGACCACCGAACAGGUCUCCGAAGAAGAGGCGUUCACCUAUCGUGCCCUGGUGCUCACCGGCUAUGGGGGCUACGACAAAGUCAAGCUGCAAGUCAAGAAGGGCAAGCCGUCCCUCAAGGCGGCCGAGGUUCAGGUGCGAGUCAAGGCGUGCGGGCUCAACUUCGCCGACCUGAUGGCGCGUCAGGGGCUUUACGACCGGCUGCCGUCCCCGCCGGUAAGCCCGGGCAUGGAGUGCUCCGGGGUGGUGGAAGCUGUCGGGGAGGAGGUGACGGACAGAAAAGUGGGCGACAAGGUGAUGGUGCUGAAUCGCUUCGGCCUGUGGCAGGAGGUGGUGGUGGUGGCGGCCGACCACACCUUCCUCAUGCCGGAGGGGAUGAGCUUCGAGGAGGCCGCCGCCGUACCGGUCAACUACAUCACCGCUUACAUGAUGCUGUUUGACUUUGGUCACCUGCGGCCCAACCAGAGCGUCCUCGUCCACUCGGCUGCAGGCGGCGUGGGCACGGCCGCCACACAGCUGUGCAAAACAGUGAAGGACGUCACCGUGUUCGGCACGGCGUCGGCCAGCAAGCACGAGGCCAUCGCUCAGGCCGGCGUCACGCAUCCCAUCGACUACCGUACCAAGGACUAUGUGGAGGAGGUGCGCAAGAUCAGCCCCAAAGGACUGGACAUCGUAUUGGACCCUCUUGGAGGAUCAGACACCCACAAGGCCUACAACCUGCUCAAACCAAUGGGCAAACUUAUCACCUAUGGUGCCGCUAACAUGCUGGCGGGCCAGAAGAAGAACUUGCUGGCCGUGGCCAAGAAUUGGUACCACCAGUUCUCCAUCCACACGCUCAACCUGAUCCAGAGCAACAAGUCUGUGUGCGGCUUCCACCUGGGCUACCUGGACGGCGAGACGGAGCUGAUCGGCCAGGCGCUCCACACCGUCCUGGACCUCUACAAGCAGGGCAAGGUCAAGCCCCGCAUCGACUCCACCUGGCACCUGGAGCAGGUGGGCGACGCCAUGCGAAAGAUGCAAGAGAGGAACAACAUCGGCAAGGUGGUCCUCAUCACGGAGCCCAUGCCCGAGGAGGAGAAGAAGGAGGAGGAGGCGCCGGCGGCGGCAGACAAGAAGAAGGAGGACAAGAAAAAGGAGGACAAGAAGAAAGAUGACAAGAAGAAGGAUGAUGGCAAGAAGGAGGAGAAGAAGAAAGAGGAGGCCAAGAAGGAAGAGGAGGAGAAGAAGGAGGAGGCCAAGAAGGAGGAGAAGUGAAAGGGGGUGGAGAUUGAUCCGUUUGCGGUGGGAGGAGGGUGGGGAGAUGAAACCAAUCUCAUUCCCAUCAACAUCUCUUUUACUCCUGCUUGGCCAUAAAAAUCGGACUGAUUUUUUUUCUGCACCCACCCUCCCCCCACCAUGGCCACCAGUGGGCUAAAUUGUUGUUACCUGCCCCCCCCCCCCACACCCACCCCCUUCUUACUGUCAUCAACCUCGCUCGCCCACAGCAGGCACAAAGACGAGCAAGACGAACCGACCGCACCCAUCCACCCACCCACCCUUCCUCCAGUUAUGUCACUCAGAUGAGUCAGCGAGCUCUCUGAUUGGCUGACGCUCAAGACAGCAUCAACAAGUAUCCACUGCUAAUUUGAAAGCGCUCCACAGUUAAUAAUAGUCCCUCAUAAAGAGCCUCUCUGUGUAUAAGAUGAAUUGGGCAGUGGGAAGAAGAGGGGCGCGGGGGGUCUCUCACUCUCUCUACCCCCCUAACCCCCCAACUGCUGACGACCACAGGCUGAAAGAAGCACUGUCACGCCAGAGCCUCCCUCUCGCUCCUUUUCAGAAAGUCCUGCCCGUCACUCCAACCCAAGCAAAAGGGCGGGCGGGGGUGUUCCAGUACAAGCCUCUAUCCCUCUCUUCUUCCCGUUCCUUCUCCGUGGUCGGCAUAGCAACAGGCGCCGGGCCGGGCUUGUCAAGAGAUGCCACUAUCCUUCCCCACACAUCCCCCCCCCACCCUCCAUGCGUGCCAACAAUGUACCACCAUGCCUCGCUUCCAAUACAAGUAUUUAAAAAAAAAAAAGAAUUCUACGAUAAAGCCUAGCUAGUAUUGACACUUUUUCUAGGCGCAAGUUGUGGCUCAAUAGAGGGCAUGCUGCCGCCUAGUGGUCGUUUGGCUACUUCGAGCUCACUGUCACAUUAAUAAUAAGGGCUCGUCGUAAAAAGAACAUUGCAUUUGCGCUUCGUUUAAAUCUUGAACAUACUGAAGAAGCCAUUAAAUUUGACAAAAACGCUAUCCAGGUUCAAAUGUAUGUUUUGGGGCUAUCAAAAUCGAAUCACAAUCCAAGUCAAUCAGUAACAAGUUUGGAAUCUUGAUCUUAUUACUAAAUAGCCAUUUAGGGGUUUCACAUAGCAUCUCACCAAAUUCUGGGGAAAACAAUGUAUCCUGUCAAACUAAAUGUUUUUUAGAAGGCCCCGAUGAGGUCUUUUUAAUACAUUUCCCUUGAAUGUUAAAAAUCAAUCAAUCGAUUUUUUGCUCUGCGAAAGAUGGGUGAUUUUUUUUCCUGAAUUUCCCGAACUACCAUUUCUAUGCCAGUAUCGGGUCGUAUUGACUGAGACGACUUAACUUGCCAUAGUUGACGCAAGUUUGACUCGAUUACUUUGACACGAGUAAACGAUUCUACGCGAUCCAAAGAAGUAUUUUACCCAUCCCUGCUUGCUUUCGAGUUACUUUUUUUUUUGUUAUGGUUGUUGUGCCUUUUCCCUCCUAAAACCGGCAGUUGUAUUUUUCAGUUUUAACUCUUGCCGUCCUUCUGCCUGCCUGCCUGUCUGUGUAGGCGCCCCCUAGAUGGCAACUGGUGAAUUUGUUUAUAAAUGUAUAAAAAAAA